AUGCUCUACGAACUUGCGGAUCCAAAGGGAUUGCACAUGGGCAUGUUCGACAUCGACCGCUCACUUGGGAAGGGCGCGUCUGGACAUGUGUAUCUUGCUCGAGAACGCAAGAACGGUUUUGUCUGUGCUCUCAAGAUCUUAAACAAGAAACAAAUGCAAAGGAGCUGCAUGCAGAAGCAGCCUGAACCGUGCUUUGAUCUGUCGACUGCCGCCCAGCGGCAGGAUCCGACGUAUGAGGACACCAAGAACCUCAAUAAGCGCCUGAAGUGGCAGAUGGAGUCCCUCGACAGAGGCCUCACCUUCGUACCUCUGGAUCUGCCGACCGCAAAGCUCUUUGUUUUCGUGGAUGGAUCAUUCGCUAACAAUCGCGAUAUGACCUCACAGCUCGGUUUCAUCAUCAUUCUCGGAAACGAAGAACCGAUCGACGGCCACGAUGAUGCCUUCAAGUUGACCGGCAACGUCGUUCACUAUAGCUCGACGAAGUCCAAAAGGGUCACCAGAAGCGUACUGGCCUCAGAGAUCUACGGCAUGGUGGCCGACGUAGACAUGGCCUAUGCCAUCUUAUCCACACUGGCCAUGAUCACGAAGAAACUCAACCUCCCGAUUAUACCUACGAUCGCGAAAAGCGCCAAAUGA